GCUCCCCAUUUUACGCUCACAACUUCUCUCCAGUUACCAGUAAACAUGUGCGUUCGAAUUGUUGCGAGCGAGUGACAAAGCAAGCGCUACUGCCAGCUGUCAAAUGUCCUUCGCCGGACAUAUCCUUCCAACGUGCGUGUUGUACAAAAAGAAACAGAAAGAGAUGGCAAAUGUUGGAGAGCAUGCGAAAUAAAAAGAAAAAAAAAGGGUAAAAAGAAGGUAACACUUACAUCAAAAACACCUUUCUUCGCUCCGUGUCGGUGUCACAGGCUCGAGGAGUUUUGUGUUUUUGUGUGCAUAAUUUUCCACCAACCUCCCAACCAAUCAACGAUGACUGAACUGUAGGGAAAGCUGAUUUAGUUUGUCGCUUUUAGCGCUUUAGUUUGUUAAGGAAAUAGGCCCUCCUCAGCUGUGUUUGUUAGAAACCAAAAAUAUCUUAAUUCGCUCCAGGAUUCUUUGAGUUCUGUCGAGUCCUACCAUCAGCCACAUAGGUUUUUUCGAUUACGUACCAGUGUUUUUCCCCCGUUGUACCUUGACUUCUCCAUCCCCGAGUGGUGCUGUGCUGUGUGUCGUCACCUGCUUCCGGAUGGCAAAGUUACGAAGCAUCUUCAAAAAACACCUGAUCCCUAAUCUGGAGCGCAAAUGUCGCCUGUGCCUGUCGGAUAAGGAAAUCGUACAGUCGAUCUUCCAGUCGGACAACAGCAAGGAAACAACCGACACGCUAAUAGAGAAGAUCUUCGAAUGUACCGCAAUCAUGCUCUCCAAAGAUUACGACUACCCUUCCCCUAUCUGCGAGGACUGUGCACUAAAGCUGGACGAGUUCUUGCUAUUUCGCACGAAAUGCUUGCGAAGCAACGAGAUCUACCGAUUCAAUCGACUUCACAAGCAGCGGCUUCUGUUUACCAGAAAACCAAUCACGACAGAGGACCGUGGUGGAAUACCCUGUGAAAAGCUGGAUAGUGAGUCUACUGCAUCAACAGACGAGCCGGAGGUUACUGGUGGUGUUAGUGGUGAUGUGUAUCCCAACGAGGAAAUUACUAUCCCUUUGCCCUGCUCAGUUCCUGCCGUGGUCAUUGCCGAGGCGAGUGGAUCGAGCAGCUCAGACAGUCGGACAGUUAUCGAGCAGGAACGAUGUACUGCCGAAGGUGAUCCGGAACAGGAUCACAGUUCGAUCGUGACGCUAACGUUGCAAAACGGAGAGGAAGAAGUUACGGAAAGUCCCUCAAUACAACAACAACAGCAUCAGCAACAAGAGAAUGAAACGGGAUGUAACGGGAACCAUCAAGGUUCGGCCUCGUCCGGGUUGGACGAACCAGAGGUUGAGGAGAUCCCGCGUUGGAAGAAGCCACCGGAUCCGGACGAUAGUGAAAGCACCGGACGGUUAUCUCCCGCACCCGUAGUACUUCUCGUGGAUGAAACGGACACUACCAUAAGUGAGGCUGAAGAUGUUGAGGAAGUGAUACUAAUACCUGCCGAGCUGCUGGACCCUUCCCCGACGACAGGUGACGAACUGGAACGGGUGGAGAUGAUCGGAGACGUAAAGUUCCCGAUCGAAACGAUUGAGCAGCUCGACCAGUUGGAACGAUUAGUUCGAACGUGCGAUACGGCGAGGGAGCGCUAUAUCACUCUGCUGCGACGGCUGAAAACACACGAUACCUCGCUCAGUGACACAUAUCAACGGUUGUUUGCGGACCGGCUGCUGAUCCACUACAACUACGAUGGCAUCUCGCCUAAGUACAACAAACGACCACUGAAAACGUUGCUACUGUUCACCGAAUGUAUGGCUGUGGCCUGGGAGGACCAUAUGGAUGCCGGUAGGGUUAGGGAAGCUGUAAUUGAGGCUGUGAGAAAAUCCCAUAAUCGCUACAAUCAGUACAACCAUCGGAAGCGUGCCAGCUACGAAUGGUUAUAGCUGACGAUACCCCACUAAGUAGCGGUUCAAGUGAGGGAGCAGAUGAAUCCACAAGCUGCCAGCGAAGAAGCCGCAUUAGUUAAACGUUUUAUCAAUUCCUCUGAGGGGAGGUUUGUUUUCACUACAACAUUCACUACGACACAAUUUUCUAUGACACAAUACACAGAUUCGUACGAUUAUUAGAACGAAUAGCUAGAAAAUUGCUACCAAUAAGCAUGGUUGACUGUUGAGACACAGAGCAUAGUAGUAGUAGUAGUAGCAUAGAGAGUAAUAACAUAGACGUAAAGAGUGAGUACGCACAUCGUGUGUUUAGAGCGAAUCGAACCAACUACACCGCGCAAUUUGCAAAUUACCAGUAUUAUAAUGAUUGUAGUAGUCUCUAUUUAGCAAAAACCUUCACUAGUGGACUAGUGCGUGAUAUACUUAGGCAACACAAAGAACGACACUACUGACUGUAGGAGCUGAGUAGACAGACAGUGACGGUAGCAGCUCGGAUUUAAGCAGCAACGUGUUCUUAGAGAAAUUUAAAACAAACCCCAGUGAUAGUUAUGUGAAGCAACAAACAAACGUACAAUGUACUAACGUCCUGCGAACGGAAACAGCGCUUCACUUUUAUGGCAGCCAUUAGUAGCAGUAGUAGUAGUAGUAGUAGAAGUAGUAGCGAGAGCAAUACCAGUUAGAAAUUAUGUCAGUGUACACGUCAGUAUCACAUCUUUUCACGCCGUUUUAUCAGUUGCUGAUGAGUGCGUACUUUUGUUAAAAGUGUUCAUAAACUUUUGUACCUUUACAUAAGGCCUGCGUGCGUAUGUGUAUGGCGACUGUGAGAUGCCAUUUUUGAACCAUUUUAUUGUGUGUAUGUGUAUGUCUAGAUAGAGUGAUAUCAUGAUGAAAGGGGACCAGCAUAGGACACGAUCCCCCGCUCCCAUCUCCCAUCUCCCAGCCCCUAUGCUCCACUAAAACUCAAAUUAACUUGGGCACUGUUUGCCAUUUCAGCCUAUUUUAAAGUUUCAAAAAGAACGAGCAAUAUCUGAAUACGCGACCGUUCCUGCUGAAUAAACAAAACAAAUUUAACAACGUUUAACAAUAAUGAUAAAGCACACGGUUAGUGAGCAUAAAUAACGACAGCAGCAAGAACAACCAUACAGCUGUGCACUUACAUAUGGCGUCCUUAUCAAAUCAAGCAAUAUUGCACAUGCAAUCGAAUGCAAGUUGGCUGUGUGGUUCUUGCGGCAGGAUGGUGUGAUGCAAAGGAGAAAUCAAGCUGUAGGGACAAAAGGAGCGAGCCACAUUUUCACAAAUUCAUGUUUUCAUCUUUUCACACGUGCACAAACGUAAAGCUACAGGAGAGGGGUUUACUUUUAAAAUGAUUAUCGUACUAUCAUGAGAACGGAUUUCUCUCUAUCUCUCUCUCUUUCUUUCUUUUGUUAUAAUGUAAAGGAAAAGCAAACUAAUACUGUGAGAAAGAUAGCAACACUACAAGGGAAUAAAGUGCAAUACAAUCUUCCACAUAACGUUACACACACACACA